AUGCCUGCGACCGACACAACAAAGCUGCCGCUCGAAGGCGGUCCAGCAUACGGUCUGGGUGAGGUCGACAGACAGGGCGCAACUAGCCCCAUGCUCCGCGGCCUCGAUGGCUUGUCGCUCUACGAGAAAAAAUGCGUGCUGAUCAAUCGCGAGAUCGACUCGCAGGGCAUGGGUAAAUAUCAGUGGUACAUCUGGGGUCUCUGCGGCUUCGGAUACAUGCUUGAUUUGCUAUGGGCGCAGGCAUUCGGUUUGGUCCUGAAGCCUUUGCAACAAGAGAUGGGUUUCGGGGACGGCCAGUCUGGGAACAUUGCGACGAGCUUCAACGCUGGGUUGACUGCCGGCGCAUUCGUUUGGGGAUUCUUGGCGGAUAUCAUCGGUCGCACAUGGGCCUUCAACUUGACCUGCCUCAUCGCAUCGAUAUUUGGGCUCUGCCUGGGCGCAUCUAACAACUACAACACGUUUCUCGUAUUGACGGCUUUCGUCGGUGUAGGGGUGGGAGGCAACAUUCCAAUCGACACUACCAUCACUCUAGAGUUCAUUCCCCAGAACAGGCGCUUUUUGCUGGCUUGUCUGUCCAUAUUUCAACCGAUCGGCGUGAUUGUCUGCAGCGCCGUCGCUUUCGGCUUCAUCCCCGUAUUCUCAUGCUCUCCCAACUUUUCCCAGAUCGACGAAGGACCGCUCCUGUCAUGCAACAACGUCGCGCCCGGAACAAAGUGCUGCGCGCGGGUCGACAAUAUGGGCUGGCGAUAUCUGCUCUUCACACUCGGCGGCAUCACGCUUUUCGUAUUCGUCCUCCGAUUCUUCGUCUUCAAGUUUCAAGAAACGCCAAAGUAUCUCAUCUACCGUGGCCACGACGCCAGAGCGAUCCAGACUUUGGAGCACAUGGCUCACGUCAACGGCAAACGUUGCGGCCUGACGCUGGAGAUGUUUCAUUCGUUGGAGUCAGAUGAGAAUGACGGCUCUGUUGGGAGCGCAUUGAGCGCUUCUUCUGGGCUAGGCGGUGGUGCGAAACAGACGGAGAAGAAGUGGCCUGAAAAGGUGAAGCUUGAGCUUGGCCGAUACAAAAUGUUGUUUGACGGAUUUCCCAUGAUCCGGCUGACCGUCUUGGUCUGGCUGACGUACAUCAUGGACUUUUGGGGGUUCACUGUAGCUGGACAUUACUUGCCCAGCAUUCUGGCUUUGAAGAACGGCAGAGAUCACGUCAGUCUAUCGGCCACAUACGCUGCGUAUAUUUACACGUACGCCCCAGGAAUCGUUGGGGUCCUGCUGGGUGCUUUAAUGUACCAUGUCCCGGCCAUCGGGAGAAAGUGGACAAUGGUGAUCUCAUCCGCUUUGAUGGGCAUUUCGAUCAUUUUAUUCUCAACUGUCGAUACACGCGCCAAGAACGAAGGUCUCUUUGCAAUGGAAUACUUCUUCCAGUCCAUGUUCAACGCUGUUCUCUACGGUUGGACCCCCGAAGCGUUCCCGGCCCCAGUCCGUGGCACGGCCUGCGGUGUUGCGGGGUUCUGGGGCCGACUGUUUGGUAUUGUAAGUCCGCUCAUUGCACAGCACCUUUACGGGCAACCCGGCGAAAACGGCGAAAACGGAAACAUCAACGGCGUUUUGUAUCUGGCCGGCGGUGUUAUGCUAGGCUGUGUCAUCAGCACGGCGUUGCUGCCGAACGAGAUGAUGGAGACUAAGGAUGAGCGUUCUUUUGCUGGAGGAGAGUCCAGUUGGCCGGAAGCUCAGAUCGAGAGCCAGGGGAAGAACCAGACCUAUCAAGAUGACCCUAGGUGA